AUUUUGCAUCCGGCUCCCGGCGUCAGUUCAACGCGUUUGAAGCGAGGCGGGUCUUGCACAUUGACGAUGACUAGGCACAGCAUAUCGAGGGUUUAUGCGAAUGUAAACGAGAAGCUUGGACCGUCGUGGUUCGACUAUGACACUCUUCAGGUACAGUGGGGACAGCAGGAUCACUAUGAAAUCGUACGGAAGGUUGGGAGAGGGAAGUAUUCGGAGGUAUUCGAGGGUGUCCACAUUGUUUCCGAGGAGCCAUGCAUCAUCAAAGUCUUGAAACCUGUCAAGAAGAAGAAGAUAAAGCGAGAAAUUAAGAUAUUACAGAACCUUGCCGGUGGUCCCAACAUUAUAAACCUGCUUGACGUUGUUCGCGAUCCGAGUUCGAAGAUUCCCAGUCUCGUCACGGAAUAUGUCCAUAAUGUAGAUUUCAAAGUCCUAUACCCAAAAUUCACAGACCUCGACGUUCGCUAUUAUAUUUUUGAGCUGUUGAAAGCCCUUGAUUUCUGUCACUCAAAAGGCAUAAUGCACCGCGAUGUAAAACCUCACAAUGUGAUGAUCGAUCACGACCGACGUAAACUCCGCUUGAUUGACUGGGGCCUGGCAGAGUUUUAUCAUCCGCGGACCGAAUACAACGUGCGGGUGGCUUCACGGUACUUCAAGGGACCUGAACUCCUUGUCGAUUUCCAAGAGUACGACUAUAGUCUUGAUAUGUGGAGUCUAGGGUGCAUGUUCGCAUCUAUGAUAUUUCGCAAAGAGCCCUUCUUCCAUGGGCACGACAAUUAUGAUCAGCUAGUCAAAAUCGCCAAAGUGCUCGGGACGGAUGAAUUAUAUCUAUACCUGGAGAAGUACGACAUUGAGCUAGAUGCCCAGUAUGACGAGAUCUUGUCAAGGUACCCACGGAAACCGUGGGCAAGGUUCAUUACUUCCGAAAACCAGCGCUAUAUCUCGAAUGAGGCCAUAGACUUCUUGGACAAGCUUCUCCGUUACGAUCACCAAGAACGUCUCACUGCUGCAGAGGCUCAAGAUCAUCCGUACUUCAACCCUGUAAAAGAAGCGGCCAUGAAUGGGGAGAGUGACCAAGACUCUGCCUAGUACUUUUCCUCGCCUUUUCUUGCAGGUUCAUUCGGUCAUGUUUUUUCUGUACACAUUCCCAUUAAACAUGCUGGCACUUGGAUCUGCAUUGCGGCACGUCUUACCGG